AUGGCCUACCGCGCGACGGCGCACUCCCGGACCAACCAGCGAUGGAUGCUCACGGAGCAGGCCUCGCAGCUGGUCCUGCCGCUGGAGGGCAAGGCUGGCGCAGGUACCAGCCUGCCGCCGCUGCAGACGCUGGGUGGCCCCCAGCCCCAGACAGCCAAGACCCCUGCCGCCCGGAGCCCCUCCAAAGCGGUGCCCAGCUCUCAAAGACUGCAGGAGGCCUUCCGUGAGGUGGAGGAGUUGCUCCGCGCGCGGCCCACGAUGCCCACGGCCGGCGACAAGGAGAAGGAGGGUGGCGGCGCGGGCGCGCCAGGGGAGGUUGCCAGCGGACCGCAGCCAUCGAUGACCAAGGCCACCUCCGCCCCGGCGCUGCUGAAGCAGCCCACGAAGCGAGUUCCGGCCCAGAACCCCCUCGGACAGCCGGAGCCCUCGCCUUCGGCCAUGAAGCGUGGCAGCGCCGAGAAGGAGGUGCAAGCUGUGCAGAAGCUCCCAAAAGUGCUCGCCCUGGACGCCGCGGAUGCAGGCGCCCCCGGUGCAGUUGGGCAUCUUGAGAAAGCCUAA